UAGAUUCCGUUGUUUUGAUGAGAAUAGCCGCUUUGUUGAAGAGAUUUAUCGACGAUUUAUAGCAACAUUAGCUCGAUUUGGUCGAAAUAUUUUUAUUGCUUGUUAAUCGCUUGCUUUUUUUGAUCGGGUCGCUUACCGAAAAGGCGACUUGAUCCAGCUAAUACGACGCUUUUUUUUGUAGGGAAAUCGUAAAGGGAUGCCGCUGCAGACAGACUCCGACGGACGCCAGCAGUCUUUGGAUUUAAUCUCGUCGCAUUUAAUCGGAAAGAGUAGUUUCUCUAUAAAUUUAAUAAAAGGCCUCAGAAUAACUCCUCUUCGACCGAGUGUUUAUGUAAGAUAAGUGGAGAGAAAAGCGGUUAAAACUAGAGAGCUUUUAAAAAAAACGAGCUAACAUUAGCACAGUUUGCGCUUUAAUAUAUAUAAACAACAACAAACAAAAGACUAGUUUCUACUUUCUAGUCUACUUUUUCGAGCUAUUGUUUUCUGCACUGUGCUGGAUAAUAUUUCUAGUCAGCGAUGAAACUGUUGGAAAACUCGAGUUUUGAAGCCUUCAGCUCUCGGCUGUGUGUCGAAACCGGAGAGUCUCGCAUCCUUGGCAGGAUCGAGAGCUACUCCUGUAAGAUGGCAGGAGACGACAAACACAUCUUCAAGCAGUUCUGCCAGGAGGGGGAGCCGCACAUCCUGGAGGCUCUGUCUCCGCCUCAGUCCACCAGCGCCACCAGCCCUUCAACGCUGGGGAAGAGCGUGGAGGACGGUGAAAACCCUCUGAGUGACAAGUGUUGCAGGAAGACUUUAUUCUACCUCAUCACGACGCUCAACGAGUCCUUCAGGCCCGACUACGACUUCACGGCGGCCCGGGCCCACGAGUUCAGCCGCGAGCCGAGUCUCAACUGGGUGGCGAACGCAGUGAACAGCAGCUUGUUCUCAGCCGUCGGAGAAGAGUUUAACUCUCUGGGUCCAGAGCUGUGGAACGCCAUCGACCAGGAGAUCAACCUGCAGGGCUGCGACAUUUACAGCUAUAACCCGGAUCUGGACUCGGACCCUUUCGGAGAGGAAGGGAGUCUCUGGUCCUUCAACUACUUCUUCUACAACAAGAAGCUCAAGAGGAUCGUUUUCCUCACGUGCCGCUCCGUCAGCGUUCUGAGCGGUUACGGCCGCGACUGUCUGGACAACGAGCUGGACAUGGAGCUGGAUGAUGAAGAGGAAAUGGACGGCUUCACUGAGGACAGGUGCCCCAGAGCUCUUUGCGUGUGAAUCUUUUCCCGGAUGACGCUCCUCAGCCAAAGAAUAUCUCGGCUGUUCCUGCUCCUCCUCCCAUCCUCCUCAUCCUCAUCCUUCACCCCAAACAUCUACCCUUGAUUUUUUUUUUUUUUUUUCUCCUCUUUCUAUUUUUUUUUGUGUUUGGAAUUUCGCUGCCUCAUCCAAAGCCAUUUAUCACAUUUAAUUUUUUUGGAUUAAUGCAUGUUUUUUUGUUUUUUUUGAAGCUCUCUCUCUUUUCCUGCUGGCGGACGGAUUGUGUACCGUUAAUGCGGUGAACAUUUUACGUUUUUAAAAGACUUUUUAUUUUUUUAAAAGCUUCUUCCAUUUCCAGUUUGGUUGUUUUUUUUCAUUUCUUGACAUCUCCAAAAAAAACCAUCUGCCUACAUCUCCAAAUAAAAGAAGAAAAAAAAAGGAGAAACCACUUCACUUUAUGGACAUUUUAAAGAAGAAGAAGAGGAAGUAGGUCCUUUUAUGGAUAUGUGAGUGAUGUCAUAAACUCCGACGAGCCCAGAGGAGCCCAGACAACACCAGCAUCAAAACACACACACAUUUAAAAAAACAGAAGAAGAAGAGUUUAUAUAAUAUUCCAACGUGGGGGACGCUGGGCUGGGUCCACGAAAAAGAAGAAGAAGAAGAAAAAAAAGACUGAUUUUAUCGAUCAGCUGAGAACUCAUCUGUUGUUUUUAAGUUGGCGUGUGUGUGUGUGUGUUGCUUUAUUUACUGUGAGAUUUUUAUUUUGUAGCACUGAGUUUGAAAUCUGAAGAAAAAGAAAGUAGAGGAAAAAAGAAAAAAGCUGCAUUUAUUAUAAAAGCUUUUUUUUUUGUAUUAAAGAAAACAUAUCAGCUUUCAUUAAAAUGUGCUGCGUCUGUCACCAUUUAUCCAAGUUUGUCUUUUUUUUUUCCUUUUAUAUGUCGUCUUCAUGUCCAGUAUUUUUUCUUUUCUUUUUUUUCUCUCCAUCGUUUAACCCCUUCUUUUCUUUUCUUUUCCUUUUUUCUUUUCUAAAUGUCUCCACAGUGUUUUCUUUGCUCCUUUACCUCGGUGCAAAGGCUUCAUUGAAAGUGAAUGUAUAGUUAAAUUUUUGAGGUUUCAAAAACAAAUAAAAAAAACAAUAAAAAUCUUAACAUAAAAAAAGCAGCUGAUAUGUUUUGACUUUAUUAUUAUUAUUAUUUUUUUUUUUUUUAGAAGUUGAGACGCUCCUCUUUUACGUUCCCUAAAAGUUGGUAGGAGUCGUGUGUCUUUCUUGACUGCUCUGUGCUUUGAUUGGCUGAUAUAUUACAGAUGUGAAUAAACUGGUGUUUGAAUCAGA